AUGUCCUCAUAUGUGUGGACAAUAACGCCAUGAGAUUACAGGCCAUUAAUGACAACAAAACGGCUUUCAUUCAAAUACAGUUUGAUAUGAAUUUCUUCUCGUCCUUUGAAUGCGUUGUCGACACGAAAUGCAAACUACUUUUGAAAUCACUCAUUCUUGUGUUUCGUGUCGUAAAUCUGGACAAAACAGUGGAAAACUGUACUAUUAUUAUGGAUGAAACGAUGCCGAGAGUGGUGUUUGAUAUGAAGUGCUUAAACGGUGUGAGCCGUGAAUACUUUGUGCCGUAUAUGGAGUCCUCGAAUUUGCAGUACAAUUCAAUUAUCAAUUCAAUGAACCCCUCAUUUAAAGUGCAGUCAAAACAAUUGUCCGAAUGUUUGCAUAACUUCUCCAAUGAGACAAAAGACGUGACCCUUUGGUUAAAAGCACAACAAAUUCUGUUUAAAAGUUAUUUCGAUGACAUCGAAGAGCAGAAUAUCAUGACAUCAUUUGAAUACAAUUCAAGACAUUUCCAAAACUAUUGUGUCAAUCAAGAUAUAACUGUCACUUUCGAUGUCAAAGACCUUAGGACAUUUUUGGAUUUCACAUCACUUCGAGACCAAACCAUUGAGUGUUACUUUCAGGCGUCGGGAAAGCCAAUUGAGUUUGCAAUGAAGUCAAACGAUUAUUAUUUGGCAAAACUUACAUUAGCCACACAUGACUUUCCCGACGGCUUAACACCAGUUCCUCCGUCUAUGAAUAGGACAGUCGCCCAGUCGUCACAUCAGAGCCCAAGUCUAUUGGGCACUGGAGUUCUCACCGAAGAGAAUGGGAGUCCAAUCAAUUCAAUGCCGACCACUUCUAUUCACAUGACGUCCAGUGAGGGCUCAGCGCUUCCCAACUCUAUUCGUAACACUUUCACCACAAAUAGAAGUAAUGGACAGAAUCUAAAUGCGGCGAACAUUGAAAAUCCUGUGAUUGAACCAAACGAAGGAGAGUUUGAUGAGGAAGAGGACGACAUAUUUGAGCAAAUCCUAUCGCAAAUGCCUCAGUUUGCGAGCGGCAAUUCCGAGGCCCGAACCCCCGCCGCCUUUCCUCUCUCCGGUGUGAACACUGUGUCCCAAAUCAAUCGAUAUCAGAGAAGUGUUGUGUUUGGAGCGGACGACGACGACGGGCCGGUUGUCAUAUACGGCGGCAGUCAACCUCUGCCGAGUCAGGACGCCUUCGCUGAAGAAUCAGAUCCAGAAGACAAUCAAUAUCCGCAUUGA